ACAUUCAAAGCUUUAUUCGAAAAAACCUCAAUAGAAGAAAUGUUUAAAAAAUGACAUUUGGUACAGCCCUUUACAUUUUCAUAAAGCAGAGCUGAUGUUAAUAUAAGUGAAGUAUUGUAAGUAUAGAUUAAUGUCACCCUUCAGGUCCACAUGUUUAGUAAUGUUAUGUAUCUGCUGCUGAUAGGAACGGGGGAAAGUGGGAAGAGCACUUUCAUCAAGCAGAUGAGGAUCAUCCAUGGCCGUGGAUACUCUGAGGAGGACAAGAGAGGCUUCUCCAGGCUGGUGCACCAGAACAUCUUCACAGCCAUGCAGGCCAUGAUCCAGGCCAUGGACACCUUACAGAUCCCCUACAAGUAUGAACACAACAAGGCCAACGGCAGUAUCGUGUGUGGGGUCGACGUGGAGAGGGUGACAACAUUAACGAACCCUUACGUGGACGCCAUCAAGAGCCUGUGGAGCGACACGGGGAUUCAGGAAUGUUACCAUCGGAAGAGGGAAUACCAGCUCUCAGACUCGGCCAAAUACUAUCUGGAUGACAUGGACCGGAUUAGUGAUGCUGCGUACCUGCCCACCCAGCAGGACGUCCUGAGGGUCCGGGUGCCCACCACAGGUAUCAUAGAGUACCCCUUUGACCUGGAGGAAGUGGUGUUCAGGAUGGUGGACGUGGGGGGGCAGCGCUCAGAGAGGAGGAAGUGGAUUCACUGUUUUGAAGAAGUCACUUCCAUCAUUUUCCUGGUGGCGCUCAGCGAGUACGAUCAAGUCCUUGUGGAGUCCGUCAACGAGAAUCGCAUGGAGGAGAGCAUGGCCUUGUUCCGCACAAUCAUAAACUACAAGUGGUUCCAUCGCUCCUCCAUCAUGUUGUUCCUCAACAAGAUCGAUUUGCUGGAGGAGAAAAUCAUGUAUUCACAUCUGGUCGACUACUUCCCCGAAUAUGAUGGUCCCCAGCGAGACGUCAAAGCGGGAAAUGAAUUCAUCCUGGAUAUGUUCCUCAGUCUCAAUCCAAACGAGAAAAAGGUGAUCUACUCCCACUUCACCUGUGCCACAGACACGAACAACAUUCGGUUUGUCUUCAGAGCAGUGAAGGACUACAUCUUGCAAAUCAACCUGGAAGUGUACAACUUGGUUUAAGACGGCGACGUUGCUGCUGCUUCGUACGUCCUGCUGGCGGAGCGGAGAGCUCUGCAGUGACUCUCACUCCCGCUGCUGAACACUAUAAUCCACAACAGGAAAUUGAGAAGCUACAGAGCUUGUCGCCAAAUGACUGUACUACUGAUGUAUUUCAAAUGUCCCUGUUAGGCUCUUUGAGAACGGAUGUCUCCAGCUUUAAUGAAGUGUGUCCUGACAAUGAAAGUGCCGCCUUAGUGAGGAGUGUAUUGUGCAGUAGCAGUGUGCAGCACGGGGGUGCAUCGAGAGGGGAAGAAGUAUUAAGGUGGACUCGUGAUGUGCUCAGUCUCCUUCAGGGAAUUUGUGGAAGUGAAUGUCGUCUAUCUGCAAUGCAGCACCUCGCAUCACUAACAGUGUUUUAAAUACUCUAAACACUUAGUUUGUGUCUUGACUUAAUGGAAACGAGUAAUAAUUAACACUAACGACACGUUUACUUUAACACAUUGCUCAUUUUGCUGAUAUUAUGUUUGUUUGUACGUCUUCGUCGGGUCUUUUCAUUUCCUCAUUCCACGUUUCACAGACUACGCAUUUGUUGGCAUUAUUCAGUCCUAAACGCUUUGUGAGCAGCGUGAGCGUUAAUAUAUUUGAAUGUAGUUUCACACUCACAAGUCUUUCUUUAGUCUAAACUAGAGAACAGUCCAGGUACAACAAGAACCCCGUUAUUUAUCUGAACGUGUUGUAAAUAUCACACGGUACAUCACUGCUGCACAUCUCACCUUUGCUUGCAUCAAGGUUAGUGUUUAAGGCUCAGAGAGAUCUUUUAUGUUAAAUAAUCUCUGAUGCUGUUCUUUGGUAUCGAAGCAUGAAUACAAAGCUCAUUAAAGUUAACGACACUAAUGUUUACACCACCCUCUGCAGCGGUUUAACUAACGGUUAGAUGUCACUAUCUUAACUAGUGCAUGUUUUUACUGUGAUUGGAUAAAUAAACAGACAUUUGAUGCUCA